AUGAUCAUGGUCCAGAAGCCUGCUCACAUCCUCUCGUCCCCCGCUUCCCACCAUCGCAGGAUGCCCUCAGCUCCCCCCACGGUCCUCGUGCAGCCCACACGGACGCCAGGGCUCCUUUCCCUCUCAAAGCCCGCUCCAUCCCCACGCCCACAGCUUCGCCAACAAGGCGCUCGUCCUCGCGCCGCCCAGAAGCUGAACAAGUCGGGCAAGGCGUCCGUCAACGGCUCCCCGGAGGUUGCCAAUGCUCAGGCUCAUCCAGCCGCCAAGUCUGCCGUCGCCACGCACGACAGUGCAGCCGCCCACAAGGUUCAGAACCUUGCGGCCACGUCCUCGCCGUCAGAGAAGUCCAACCAGGGACGUCAGAACGGCAAACAGACCAAAGAGAAGAAUGUUCCAAGGAGCUCAUCCCCGAACUUGGCUCGUAUCAAUCCUCGGCGUCACCCCCACCACCAGGGCUCCCCUCCUCUUCCUUCCCAGAUACCCUCGCAGGCAGAGGUCCACACUUCUUCCGACCGCACCGCUUUUACUCGCUCUCACUCGCACAACUCUCGCUCUCGUAACCCCAACGCAAACGCUUUCGACCCCUUCCUAGCCUCUGACAGCGAGAACUCCGCCUCUGAGGCACCUCGCCCCACCCAGGCAAACUCCAAUGGCUCGCCGAAGUCCCAGCCGUCGAAGGCGGCGACUCCCAGGCUUUCCGCCCGCCCCUCGGGCAAACUCGCACGUCGGCGCCAGACCGGCCCGGAAACUUCCGGAACCCCGACGCCGCCACCUUCCAAGUCGGUGCCUGUGCCUCGCGGCGGCAAACAGCGCACGCGCGAGCCCAAGGGCGCUCUCAACCUCUCUCGCUCCGACCCCGUCACGUCGGCCAUUCCAGCUCGUCCGGGCUUGUCGCACUCCAUGUCCAUCGGGCUCGGUGCCUUCCCCAUCUGUGAUGACCUGACGGAGGACGAAGAUGAUGAUGUCCCGUCUCCUCCCGCGACCCCCACCAAGGAGAAGUCGGCCAAGGGCACCUGGCAGCAGUCUCUCGUCGACGAUGGCCCUCGUACGGCGCCUCUCGCCUCCACCUUCGCUGGGUCCCCCUUCUUCCCCACGACGUCUACCCCCUCUCCACACAAGAGGCAGCACGUGAGGUCUCCCAGCGAAGGUAUCUUCGACAUGUCCAUGGACGAGAGCACUUCGUCGUCGUCGGAUGCGUCUGACGAACUCAAGGCCCUCAUGGGACUUCUUCCUAGGAGGCGCCACGCUUCGGCUGCGUCGACUCCUGUCGGGUUGAGCAAGUCGGUGAACAAGCCCGGGUUCUUCGCUAGCUCGAACUUCCAAAACUCUCCCAGCCCCGACGACUUGCCUCCCCCGGCGUUCGGGUUUUGA